UUUGGGGUCAGUUAGCGUUAGAGGCUUCUCAGGUGUACAUCGACGACGGUACCGGAGGACCCGCCAAGAGCCCGUACGCCGGCACGGUAAGACGAGGGACGAUGCGACAAGCCCCACCGUGAACACGCCACGCGGUCCAUCGUUAACGUUUCCGAUCGACCGUCAUUCGCGUAAAAGGUUUCGGCCAAGACGCAGUCGAGGGUCGGCGUCAGUAGGCUAUUAUUGUGUUGCGUACAGAGUGUAGAGAAUCGGAGCGGAGAGAAGCAGUCGCUUAUUUCCGUUGCCUGCGGGAAUGUAGAAAUUAUAUUAUAUUUCUUUAUGCAUUCAUACGUAUUUCAUCCUCUGCGCAAGCUACUCCCCCAACCGUCCACAAUAACGCACACGCGUAGAUGAAUCUUUUAAAAUAUACCAUAAAAGUUGCUCGCUUCGUUGUAAAAUUAUAAUAUGGUACGGUGUGUUCACAAAUAUUAGGGUAAGGAUGAAUGAAGUGCGUCUCACCUGAAAAAAAGUUUAACUCGUACCGCUUUUACGCGCUAAAAUUAUAGGUUUUUAAUUUUACAAAUGGUACCUAUCAUAUUUUUUAUUGAGGCUUAAGCCAUUCAUAUUUUGUAUCAGAAGUACAUUUGAUUUUAAAUUAAAUUUUUUUUUUUCAUUUUUCAUUAUAUCAAAUGACGCAUUUCCCCCAUUGAUAUAUAUAUACAUAAUACGUACAUAUAUUCAUAGCGUUGCUAUUUACAGAAAUAUGUUUGGAAAAAUAUUUCAUACAAUAUACAUAUAUAUAUAUAUAUUACAAAUGUAGUCAGCUGUUACAGACAUAUCUGAUAAUAUAUAAAGUAAAAUAAUGCAUCCACCCCAAUGACGUACUCACACCGCCUACCCAAUAGUCUUAAAUAGUAAAUAAACAUUUUUAAUUAUUGAUCAGGUUUACUGUUUACUAUGCACUUAGACAAUAAUCGUUUUGUUCGGAAAGUAAUGAUUCAAUUGUAUAACAUUUAUGUGUCGAUCAAACUUGAAUAUACAUAUAAAUACAUAUUAGAUAAUUAUAAAUUUCGCAGCACUCGAAAAAUAUUCUGAGUGGAAUUCUGUUUGUUUUACUUAUAAGCCGUUCUUCAAGUAUUUGAUGUCGAUAAAAUAAUGCACGUAGACAUUUUUCAAACUAAAUCAAAUGUAUUAAUGAAUACACAUGUGAUGUUGCAUUGAAAUGUCAGUAAUUAGUCAAAUUAUAUCAAAAGCAACAGAUAAUAAUCAAAAAAAUUUAAAUUAAUUUUAUUACGAUUACAUACACCGUCAUACGAAUUUCGUAGUUCAAAAAAAAAAACCGCUCAAGUAUUGCAAAUGUUUUGGCAAAAUAUUAUAUAUUAAUUGUAAUAAAAUUGUUAAAAAAUACUAAACCAACAAACUAUUGGUGAAAAUGCCAAGUUACUGAGAUUAUAAAAAGAUAUAGUAAAGUGUUUACUCGUGGUCAGAGUGUCCGAUGCAUUUCUGGAAGUACGACUGCAUUGUUUAAACACUGUUGUAGAACGUUAAGAAUAAUAUAAAACAUAUUUCUAGAACGGCUUCUUUCUAUUAAAUAAAAAAAAAGUCUUUGAUAUUUUCUCUUCCAUGAAACAAAUCUUUCCAUACGGAUAUCACGGUACAAAAUUAAAUAAGAUCAUAUUAAAAUACACGGUCGGUCUUGGAAAAUGAAAAAUUGCCAGUGUCUAAAUUGUUACGGCAGUUCAAACUUUUAUACACGGGAGGGAAAGAGUUGGCGAACGAAGCGAGCUGGGGAUGGAACGAAUGAAGUCGGGAGUAGAGCCUCGGUACAAUUUUAAAAGUUUGUCAUUUAUUUUUUUGUAAUAAAUCAAAAAAUAAAAAUAAAUUAAUAAGAGUUAUACCAUCUGAAAAUGUAAUGUAUUAUUAUUGAUUCACAAAAAUAAACACACCAAGUCACGUUUUGAUGUACACGAAUAUAAUGUGCAUAAACAAAGUUGAGUUAUUUGUUUUUUAUUAAAAAUAUUUUAAAACUUUUGAAGGUGAACUGGGUAUUGCAUAAAUGCUAUUUCGUUUCACUAAUAAAAUUACGGUGCAUUAUUAUUUUUAAAUCAUCGUACAACAUUUGUGCUGUCAAAAUUUUUAUUUUAUACAUUCCGGACUCGACGAAGAUAUGUUAAUACAAUAAUCUCUUGGCCAACAAACAAUAAAUGAAUAAUAAAUCGUGUGCACGAUAAACGUGCUUAGCCUGUAAGUUGUAAGGUACAUAUUAUAUGGUAGAGCUGAACGGCCGGGUGGAUACACGAUCAUGUAAAUACGUCGGUACAGAUCCCUACAGAUAAUCGUUCAUUAAAAAACGUAACUGCUGCGUUCGCUAUCGUGUCGUUCAACACGUACGAUCGAAAAAAUGCCCGACAAGGUUUUGCUGAAAAUAUUUUCGUACCUGAGCCACAAACAGAUAUGCAGCAUGUCCAGGGUUUGCAAGAAAUGGCGCACGAUCGCGUACAACACAUCGCUGUGGUCCAGCGUAUCGCUGAGACCGGAGAUAUCAGGUUUGCACGUUACAUCUUUGGAAUUCCUGCUGUCUCUUAUCAGUGUGCGAUUCGGCCCUUCUCUGCGCUACAUCGAGCUGCCCAUCGAGCUCAUCACGCACACGGUGCUCCAUGAGUUGGCCAACCGGUGUCCGAAUCUCACUCACAUGCUGCUCGACUUUUCCACCGCCAUGCAGCUGCAUGACUUCAGUGAGCUCCAAGCGUUCCCCACCAAACUCAGGUACCUUUGCGUGUGCUUGUCCGAGGUCAUAUUCAUGGAAGGAUUUAUGCGGAAGAUCUACAAUUUCAUCAACGGGCUGGAAAUACUGCAUCUGAUAGGUACCUACGAGAAGGUCGAGGAGGAAGAGGAAGAGAUCUACGAGGUUAUCAACGUGCACAAACUCAAGUCGGCCACGCCGAACUUGAGGGUGAUCAACUUGUACGGGAUCAACUUCGUCGACGACAGUCACAUCGACGCGUUCAGCUCCAACUGCAUACAGCUUGAGUGCCUGGCUGUCAACUAUUGUUCCAAGGUCACGGGGUCCACGAUGAAAACAUUAUUUCAGAGGAGCAAAAGGCUCAGGUGCCUUUUGAUGAACCAAACGAAUCUCAUCAGCGAGUACGUGAUGCAAGUCGAAUGGGAGAAGUCUUCCGUCCAAGAGCUAGACAUAUCCGGCAACGAUCUGUCUACCGAAUGUUUGAUCGACAUGCUGGUCCGGAUACCGACUUUGAAGUUUCUCAGUGCUGGUCAGAUGAACGGGUUCAACGACGCCGUGUUGAACGCGUUUAUGGAGCAGGGCAACGUCAGACACCUGAUCGCGCUCAACUUGGACUACUCGGACAAUUUAUCGGAUGAAUGUCUCUAUAAGUUUUUGUCUCGGUAUGGUCAUCAGCUGCAGGGGCUGUCCUUGGCGGGCAUGCCGCACAUUACUGACCAGCUGUGGAACACGGUCCUGCCGGUCCUCAAUAAUAUAAUUAUUAUGGUUAUGGGCACUCAAGAAAGAUUAUCUGGUAACGUGCUUGUGGAUCAGCUAAUGGACGGUAUUGCUACUAAUUGCCCGAGACUAGAAAGGCUUGAACUAAAGUGGGAUCCGGAUAAUUUAAGAUUUUCAGAUAAAAGUCAAAAAGCAAUUGAUAUUUUUCGAGUGAAAUGCUUGAAACUCAAAUGUUUAGUGUUGAGUGAUGGGAGGUAUUAUGAGAUAGUGAAAGCGAACUUCGAAAGAGCUGAUCGACUAACCGUGGUCAGAACCACUACGUGCUGUAGUGUUUCUAAUUAUUAUCUACUUCAGAACUACAAAGAUCUUAUAUUUAAUUAAUUCCAUAAUCCAUAUCAUGUGCAAUUAUUGUUUUAAUACAUUUGUAAAUAAUUAAGUUUGUGACUAUAUUAAUGUAUGACCUCUGUAGUAUACAAUCAUAAGGAUCAAAAUAAAAAUAUGUUAUAAUAUUGUA